GCGGAAUCGCAUCUUCACCUCCCUGCCGCACCCACCCAUGUAUGCCUCUUCAUAAGUAACUACUCCAAGACUUGCUCCGUUGACAUUGACGCAGCAUUUCACGACUACAAUUGUGCUACUGCAGCAAAAGAGUCUCCAAACCCUUGGGUAGGAGCAACUGGGAAUCUCGUGGGUUCUUCUUGAAUGGCGCUAUUCAUUGGUCGUCUUGCACUCUUAGUGUUAGAGAUUAUAGUAUUCUUAUAUUUGAUUUGAAGGAAAGGAGUUUCUCAACCAUAUCUAUGCCUGAACAAGUGAUGGGUUAUCUCGAUCCCAUUCAUCUCGUCCUACUCGGAGGGUGCCUGGCCUUGUAUUCUUAUGAAUGCGAUAAAACUAACAUAUGGGUGAUGAAACAAUACAAAGUGCAGUCCUCUUGGACUUUCUAUGAGAUUUCUCGUAAGACCGUGCCUCUAUACUUAUCCAAUGGUAGUGACAUUGUUGCACUAGAUUUUGUUUUAGGUACCCGCAUAAGGUUUGCAAAAUAUAAUGCCAAAGGAGAGCUCCUCCAACGCAAACAUGUUGAUUAUCCUCACUGGUUGUCCAAGUACGGCAGAAGCUACACUGUAUACACAGAGUGUCUCGCGCCACUCCCUACUGAGAUUAAGGAUAAGGAUAUGGAUAAGAAGAAGAAAAGUGGCCAUCAGAAUCAGAAGGGGGAUGUCAAACAAGGAAAGAGAACUAGGAGCAAAUGACUGGACAUCAGAGACACUUAAUUAUGUUGUAAAUAAAGUGUAGGAUUGGCAAGUUCAGCUGGAAGAAGCUUCUACAGAAUUUUGUUUUAUUUUGCUUUUGCUUUAAAGUAUGAUUUCCCUUCCAACUAUGCAUGUGAAAAACUGGAACAUUUGAAAGUGCAGAUAGAGUUUCCUCUAGUUAAAUCGAAUCACUUAUAUUAUCUGCUUUAUCUUCAUUCAA